AAAGUGGCCGGUAUGUGGGGAAAGGAGAUGGAGCAGUAAGUUGGGCUGCGUGUCGUGAGCAGGAUGUGGUGUCUCGCGGGGCUGACGGUGUCCGCGCGCUGAUGCGUGUUUCCCCACCGCGAUCUCCCUGCGUUUAAAGCUCGUCAUGGCACGCUAAGCGAGGAGGAUCGCCCCGCUUGCAGCUGGGGCACACUCAGCCGGCUCUGAGGGACAGAGCCAGGACCUGGGCCAAGAUGGGCCAGUGUGUCACAAAAUGCAAAAACCCAUCGUCCUCUCUGGGCAGCAGGAAUGCAGACAAGGAGUCAGGGAGCAAAUCUCACUGCAAGAAAAGCACAGCCGCAGUGACUGAGGCAGGGGGGUCCAAGGAGGAGCCAGGGUCUGCGCAUGCGAAAGACCCUCUUGCCAAUGGCACUGGGAAGGCAGAGGUGUGGGCGGAGCCGGGUGGGGCCCGGGUGGCCCUGGGGGCGGAGCAAGGUGCGGAGGCCGGGCUGACUUUGCGGCGCAUAGAAGAGUUUUUCGAGCGCUACAGAGACGAGCAGGACGACGCCAUCUUGGAGGAGGGCAUGGAGCAGCUGUGCAACGACCUGCAGCUCGACCCAGCUGAGUUUCGCGUGCUGUUGCUCGCCUGGAAAUUCAAGGCCGCCACCAUGUGCAGGUUCACCAGGAAGGAGUUUGUGGAUGGCUGCCGGGCACUGGGUGCAGAUAGCCUAGAGGGCAUCAUGUCGCGGCUGCCGGAGCUGCAGGAGGAGGUGAGAGCCGAGGAGAACUUCAAGGACCUGUACCGCUUCACCUUCCAGUUCGGCCUGGACGCGGAGCAGGGCCAGCGCUCGCUACAACGCGACAUGGCCGUGGCGCUCUGGAGGCUGGUCUUCACGCAGGACGUGCCUGCGCUGCUGCCCUGCUGGCUGCACUUCCUGACGGAGAACCCGGCUGGCAUCAGGGGCGUGUCCCGCGACACCUGGAACAUGUUCCUCAACUUUACGCAGGCUGUCGGCCCCGAUCUGUCCAACUACAGCGAGGACGAGGCCUGGCCUAGCCUCUUCGACACCUUUGUGGAGUGGGAAGCGGAGAGGCGCAGUCGAGCGCAGCAGCACGGGGACGCUGCUGCGGAGAUUCCCUGACGGCGCUCCGUGUUGCUACGGCUGCCGGCAUCCGUCUCUGUAAACGCUGGGCAGGGCUGUGUGGAUGUGAUGCAGGGGCACCUUGUCUGCCUUGCAUUUUAUACAAGGGCUCCGACAAUGUUUUUAGGCACUUUUUAUUUAUUCUUGAAGUUUUAUAUAAAAAAAAAUUUUGUUAAUGGAUGUGUAAUGGGUGUCCGUUUUUAAAAUGCUGUCUGAGGCAGGGUCACGCUGCUCAGUGCCUGAUCCACUCGUUUCAGGGUUAGUCGCCCCAGCUCGCCUCUUCCUCAGGAAACGCAGUGGAACGUUAUAUCUAAGCAGUGUUCCGUGUUUUUCGGUUAAAAAAUAAUUUACAAUGACCCAUAAAAGGCUAUUUGAAAUGCGAAA